UUUACGCAUAUGCGUCAGCUUGGUGAAAAAGUGCCCCAUCGACGUCAAAGUGAGACGAGCAACUGAGGCGUCACCACCAUGCUGGAGGAGGACAUGGAAGUGGCCAUCAAGGUGGUCGUGGUGGGCAACGGUGCUGUGGGGAAGUCCAGCAUGAUUCAGCGCUACUGCAAAGGUGUCUUCACCAAGGACUACAAAAAGACCAUCGGCGUGGACUUCCUCGAAAGGCAAAUCAUCGUGAAUGAUGAAGAUGUUCGCCUUAUGUUGUGGGACACAGCUGGGCAGGAGGAGUUUGACGCCAUCACUAAGGCGUACUACCGUGGCGCCCAAGCGUGUGUUCUGGUGUUCUCCACUAUAGACAGAGAUUCCUUUCUGGCUAUUGACAAUUGGAAGGAGAAGAUCGAAGCAGAGGUGGGAGAUAUUCCCACAGUUCUUGUGCAAAAUAAAAUUGACCUCCUGGAAGAAAGUCUUAUAAAAAACGAGGAGGCGGAGGGCUUAGCCAAGAGGCUGAAGCUGAGAUUUUACCGAGCUUCGGUGAAAGAAGAUUUGAAUGUCACAGAGGUGUUUAAAUACUUAGCUGAGAAGUAUCUUCAACAACUGAAACAGCAAACAGCAGAGGAGACAGAAGCGGUACCAACAAGCAAUAAAAUAGGAGUUUUUAAUACCACAAGUACUAAUCAGAGCAACCAGAGCUCCAGCAACGGCAGAGAAGUCAUCACUUUGCGACCAAACAAACAAAGGACCAAGAAGAGUAAAAACCCAUUCGGCAGCUGCAGUCUCAUCUAGACAAACAACAAUUAUUUUUUUGUU